GUUUUCAAGCGGCUUGACAUGUGCAUGCACCCGCCCAUAGUUUUCGGCAGAAUCGACUUGUACAUCUGAGACCUCCAAAGCUUUACAUGCAACCGAUUCUCACUCAGACACAGCCUCCGAAAGCUUGAACACCAUGGACAUCUCUGUUGAAUCCUCAAACUCCUCGUUUCCCCCUUCUCACAUAUCGCAACUCCCUCCAGAGUUAUUAACGAAGAUCUUCUUGCACUUGGCUGACGCGUUUCGACAUGGUCGUCUACAAUACAAUUGGCUUACGGUGAUUCGUGUUUGUCGCUUUUGGCACGAUGCCGCCCUCGGAUGCCCUUCACUAUGGGCUUUCGUCGAUACAUCAUAUCCUGUUGAACGGAUUAAAAUGCUGUUAGAGAGAUCUGGACAAGUCCCACUCAUCGUAAAGCCUCGCUUCGCCUAUCGUCCCAGGGACGAGAGACUGAUAGAUGAGGGCAUUCUGGCGCUCGUGUUGCAAGAAGUGCCUCGAAUCAUGAAGCUGGAGAUCAUGAUCACGGAAUCCCUUGCAACGAAGCUAGCGAUGGCUCAAUAUUCAUCGCUGAGAUCUCUGUGCCUCAAAAACGCCGCCGUCGAUGCUGAAAUGGAUACUGAUCACGAGAAAACGCAUUCCCCGCUCAAUCUUGACGUUCCCCAGCUUCGUUCUCUCAAAGUAUACGGCUUCAAGUUUUGGGAAGCAAAGACAUUGUUUCGACCCUCAUUACGGAAGCUUGUCCUCAACGGGACCGGAUACCCUCCUUUACGUGAAGUGUCAGAAUGCAUACGAGCGCUACCUCUUCUAUCCUCAUUAGACCUCGUCCGAUUUGACACUUUGGACGAUGGCGGUACUAUCUAUCCACGGGACUACAAGCCUGUCAAUUUGCAUCACUUGCAACGGUUGCAUGUCAACGGCAGCCAAUGCUACAGUCAAUUCCUUCAUAACCUCGAGAUAGCACCAGGAGCAUCCGUGUCCCUUAGAACAUCCACUUGUGGUAUGGCCGAUGAAGCCGAGCACAUCGAUUCGAUGAUUUACGAUGCUAAAAGAUUCUGUGGACUACCAAACAAUUCUGUGGUGCGGCCCUCGUCGCGUACGCUGCGAUCCGUUGUGGUCAUAUACUCUCCGAACAGUUACUUGUUUCAGAACGCAACAGUGGAUAUCGAAGGCUGGGAUGUUGUCUUUCCUUGUGACAUAUUUUCGCGGGCACUUAAAGGACCCUGGUCCACUUCCCCGACCAUUUAUUCAUCUCAGCGUCACAUUUUCCGUCAUAAAUGACGACGUGGAAGCGUUAUUUCAUUUCUGCCGAAACUUCAACUUUGCGGAGCUCCAAGCCUUGAUUUUAGUCUUCGAUGAUCAAAGGGAUCUUGACGAUGGUACCGUGGGGCAUGGAUUGGCACAUAUAUUCGAUAGUCCCAGUAUCGAAACACUGGUCAUGCCGUGGUGGGAUGCGGAACACUUGGCUGCACUGAUCACAACGGGUUACUGUGACGUUCCCAUCCAUUCUGCGGAUGACCCGUUGCCUUCUCGAAUUCCGCCAAUACCCUUUCCAGGUCUCAAAACUCUGGUCACCUAUGAUCUACAUUGGGCUAGUCGACCUACCGGUUCAUCACCACUACGACUCGCCACCGCCCUGAAAUAUCGAGCCAAGAACAAUGUUGGGAUAGAGACCCUAUGCCUUCGUGAAUGUGUUGAGCGCAUCGAUAGGGAGGACCUCGAAGAAUCAAUGGCGGUUGUCCCUAACUUCAUGUGGAGUAUGAAAGAGGUGACAGACGAUGACAGCGACUGGUGACCCGUUGUCAGUUCCGUUUCAUUAUGUGGGAGGUUGAACUUACCUGUAUCUGAAUGCGGGUAGUUGAUGUCGAGGGAGAGAAAAAGAGAGAUAUCCAUGCAUAGAAGGUCGAGUACGUAUGUCGAACAAAUGACAAAUAGAGAGAAGCGGAAAUAAGACGUCGAGUAGUCUGCUGUGUCAAUGAGCUACAAACGAGGAUAGAGGAUAUUGAAAUCGAUAUCCUGGAGAUGU